UGAUGUUGGAGGACCAUGGGACACUGCUCUGCUGGCAGGACAGUCUGCAAGGACCAAGCCUGCUGCAGGAUGAGGCUCUGGCUGCUGGUGGGUUUGGCGGCUGCGCUCACCCUUGUGGCGGUGGCCAGGGCCGACCCAGGGGACUCGACGGAGGUGGAAGAUGCGGUAGGAGAGAAAGAGGAUCGGCUGCGAGUCAGGAGGGAGGACAGAAAACGCAAGCCACCACCUUCCCAACCCUGUCCUGGCUGCUAUUCUCCUCUGAGCAAGCCAACUACACCCGUGAGAAGCAGGAGGCAAGUGGAGAAGCAGCAGCAACCCAGACGCAGACUCAGGCCUGAAUCUACCUGGAGAUCAGGCUCCCUGAUUCCAAUAAAGAAGGAAGUGCCAACUACACCCGUGAGAGGCAGGAGACAAGUGGAGAAACAGCAGCGACCCAGAUUCAGACCAGGCUCCCUGAGUGUUCUAAGGCCUGCCAAGGUGGAGGACUCAGAAGUGAGAACCAGGAGGGAAGUUGAGAGACGUCCGCAACUGCGACCCGGACCCAGACCGAAUCCUCCAGGGCACUCACCUUACAACUACGGCUAUAUGACUCUUCUUGCUUCCCACGCCAAUGUGAGCCUCCAGGGGCCUGCACCACAAGGGCGAGGCAGGAGGGCGGUUGAAGGAACUCAGCUGCGCACACUAAAACCCAAGCAACCCAGGCUGCCCUGCUCGGGCUGCUACAGCCCUCUAGGGUCCCCCAAGGACAACCAUCAGCAAGAGAGAGUGAAGAGGGAAGGCCAGAAACCACAGCGAGCCAGACCCACAAGGAAACCCACUUGGAAUCCCGGCUCUGGGUCCAUCUUAGGCAUGAUCCGCAUUGAGAAAUUCAUCACGCUCCCCACCCCCGUGCUCCACUGUCCCAGCUGCCAGGGAUCUGUCGCCACCGGCCAGGACGGGCGCUCUGCUGAGGGGAUCCUGAGCCGCAGGACCAGGAGAGAAGACGAAAGGCCCACGGCGGCGAAGCGCAAAGCCAAGCAGAGAGCGAAAGACUGGCUCUACUGUGCUGGCUGCUAUUCCAGCCUCACACUGCGGGACCAGACGGCUCCCUUGAGAGAGGCGGCGGACGGAGGAUCAAGCGGAGAUUAGCUACUGCACCCAUCUGAGGUGGAGUCCUUCCAGGCCACACUUCCCUUGUGUAGCUAGACAGCAGCCCAGGCUGGAGUCUGGUAUGUCCCCCUCCCCUCCAUGCCCCUGAGAUCAGUUACACGGAAUCUGGAUCCCAACCCCCUUCCCCCUCCAGCUGGCACAAACGCCCCCUGCUUCUCCUGCUGUAGGGCUGGGAUGGAACUAAGGCCCCUUUCUCUGAGUCCUACAAACCCACAAUCCCCUGCCUCAUUCCCAGUAACAGCACAGACAAGGGGAGCGCGGCCGCCCGGGGACCAGAACGGCCUGUCCCGUGGUGCCCUCCGGCCUCCCGGGUGCUGUGCAGAGGCAGAUAGAUAGAAAUGAAAUUAAAGCUCCGUAUAAAGGGCUGAACUCACUGGGGUGUAUGUGGGUCCAGCUCUGCUGCGCUGAGUGGAACUGCGCCCGUCUAUACCUGCAGGGACUGUGAGCUAAGAGUGCAAAUAAACACAAAUACACUCGC